GGCUACCUGCUGGACACCCCUGCCGUCGCCGCCACCAGGGCCGCCCACCUGACCGCCGUCGCCCAGACUCAGGCCCGUGACGCCGUCAUCAACGGCGCCGCCCUCGCCUACGCCGCCCGCGCUUACGCCGCCCCCGCCGUGGCGUACGCCGCCCCCGCCCCUGUGGCUUACGCCGCUCCCGCUCCUCUGGCCUAUGCCGCCCCCGGUGCUCUCGCCGCCGCCGCCCACCUCCACGCUAAAGCUGCUCUGCUGGGCUGAAAUUUCUUUUCUUAAAGCAUCUUGUCAGUGAACUUCGCAAGUGUGAAGUUACUGCCUUCAAAAUUUUCAUAAAAAUAAUAAAUUAUUUAGUACAAACUUA